AUGAUGGAUACGGCUGUGGAGGUUUCCCGACGGGUCCGUCCCGAGAAGAAACUAUGCGCUGAUGCCGAUGGCGAGACACGCCAGUGUCCCCGGACAACAACGGCGGCCGUGGACCCUGUCUCCAAGGUGCUUGGGGACGACAAUCUCCUCGGGGAGAUCCUCCUGCGCGUCGGCUUCCCCACCACACUCGUCCGUGCCACCCUCGUGCGCAGGGGCUGGUACCAGCUCGCCUCGGACCGGGGUUUCCUCUGCCGGUUCCGUGAGCUCCACCCGCCCCGCCUACUUGGCUUUUACAUCGACACCGGGUUGGUCUGGCCGAAGUCGAUGGCCGUCCUGCGCUUCGUCCCGAUGCUUCCCCAGCCCCCAGAGUUUGCCGCUGUUGUCCGCCGCAUGGCGAGCCACAACUUCGGUACCCGCGAGGUGCCAUGGAUCAUGGACUCCCGAAACGGCAGCAUCUUCACCAGACAUCGUGAAAGAAGAGAACUAUCAUAUGGAGUGUACCACCCGCUUUGUCCUGAGAGAGGCAUUGACGACAUCCCACCACUCCCAAGUGCCCAGGAUCGCAAUCGCCUAAAUUUUGGUGCUAUUCUCUCGAAAGAAGAAGGCAAUGGCUUGUCCUACUUUUAUGUGUUGACGGAGUUGACUAAUCAGACAGAAAAUUUCACUUUACGCGUGUAUAUGUUACAAGGCAGUGUUUGGUGCUUGCAUACCUCGGCCACGGCCCAGCUCCAUCUUCCGCUACCCAAAGCAAAAGUUGUGCUUGUCGACAAUAAAAUCUAUAUGGUGGUCUCCCCCGCAGACGACAUUAUUGUCUUGGAUUUGACAGCCUCAAGUUUGUCUAGAAUCCAGCACCCACCUGGAGUGAAGUAUGACUGUUUUCACACCUUCUUGUCAUGGGCAGAUGAUCCUUCCGGUGUAUAUGUCAUCCAUGUCAAUGGCUUUAAACUUUGCAUCUGGCUCCACAAGGGGGACAACUGGUUGCUGGUUGAUACCAUUUGUCUGCAUGAGAUGUGUGUUAAUCUGAGGAUGCUAGAUAACAUGCUUGAGGAUGAGCAUUCUGGUCAUUGCUAUGUAUGCCAUGCUGGGGAUAAUGCUGAGUUUGUGGUUUUGCAAAUGUGUGGAUGUGUUUUCUAUCUGAUGUCAAGAACAGGACACUCCGUAAAUUGGUUGCGAAGGAUCAAGAUCACUUCACUGAUGUCUAUCCGUUUAUGA